AUGGCAGCAAUGGUUGAGGCCGGCGCGAAUGAAAAACCGGUAAAGCCUGCGAAUUGCGGAACGAAAAAGAAAAGAAGAGAAGGUCAGCUCGAUAAGAUGCGCGAUGCAAGAGAUUCAAAGUGUCCGGUGAAAAAAGAUAAGCACGCAAAUAGUAUUGUCAUCGCAUGCGUGAAGAGGCUUCUACCGGUCGGCCUGAACGUCUUCGGAGGACGAGAAUUGGAUAUUGUACAACAAUCCAAAGACCGAUUCCUGCAGAAGGAAAACGAAGACAAAAUACGGGAAUUCAUCAAAGGAUUGCUUGAAAUUCCUAUCAAGACCGAUCCAACCGACAAAAAUGCCUGGCAGCUCUCGCUGUAUAGAAAGAUCGGCAAGAGUCAAAUGAGAGGGAAAAGCGAAAUGUCACAAGACGCAAUUAUUGAAAAGAUUUUCAAUAUGGGUCAAGUGUCCGCUAUCCUGCACACGGAUCUCAUUCGUGCCGAUUGUGCAAAGGUCAAGGCAUGA